GCUGGAUGAGUGUUGUGUUCCUGGAGGCGCUGCUGGGUCGGUCUAUGCGGUAGCCUAUAUAAAGCGAUGAUUUCCACUACACUACUACAGAAAGGCGUCCGAGCCGCUCACAGUAUUAGACUGCUGCACUCCACACGCAUCUCCAGCAUGCCGAUCCAGGUUGGUCAACAUCUUCCCGCUGUGGAGGUCCAGGAGGGAGACCCGGGGAAUAGCAUCUCAAUGGCUAAAAUCUUUAAAGGCAAAAAAGGAGUGCUUUUUGGCGUGCCAGGAGCGUUCACUCCUGGAUGUUCAAAGACUCAUCUCCCAGGGUUCAUACAGAUGGCUGGGGAUUUGAGGGCCAGAGGCGUGGGUGAGAUCGCAUGCGUGUCUGUUAAUGAUGUGUUUGUUAUGACCGCCUGGGGAAAGGAGAACGGAGCAGACGGCAAGGUGCGGAUGCUGGCUGAUCCCACAGGAGCGUUCACAAAGGCUGUGGAUCUCUUCCUGAACAAUGAUCACUUGUUCCAGGUGCUUGGAAAUUUGAGGUCUCAAAGGUAUGUCAUGCUGAUUGAAGAUGGAGUGGUCAAGAAGCUAAAUGUGGAGCCUGAUGGGACGGGCCUGACCUGCAGCUUGGCCUCAAAUUUCCUCACUGAGAUUUAAGUUAACAGCUUACACUGUAUAAUCGGUCACCCUCCUGUUAUCGACCCGAUUGCCCAUUUAUCAUUCCAAAAACAGUGUAAUGGAAAUUUCCAACAAUCAACACUAUUGUAUAUGCUGUAGGGAAACCUAUGCAAGGAACUAACUUGUUUACUUGGAGCACACAAGUUUGGCUGUAUCACGCACAAAUGCCUGGUUCUGAUGGUUAUGUGGUAUAACAUGUAAAGGUUUACCCAGGCUGCAAUAAAUGUUUUCCUCAUGAUACACGCA